AUGAAGCUCCUCCGCUCCCUUCUCUUGACAGCUCUUCUUUGCAGCACUUCCAUUGCAGCAAGCGAACCAUCCUCUAACAAGCAAAAGCUUGUAGCCCACAAAAUGGAUCCUGCUGCUGUAAACAUUACCACCAACCAAGUCUCUGAAGAGAACAGUAUCGAUGACAACAACACUGCCUCCAUCUCCAAGUCAAAGUUCAAGAACAAGAACAACAACAACAACAACCACGUGGUCCCUGAACCAACUCUCGAGCGCAAGCCUGUGCAGGUUCAAGUCAAACUUGGAAACAUGGACCCUGAGGAUCUCAGCGCUGAGGAGACCAUGUAUUUCGAGUCGGCUCUUCGAAAGGCCAUUCAGCUUGCCCAAGACCAGCACCAGGGGCAAGAUGAAAAGCAUGGAGAAGAACAGGUCACGAUUGGCGCCAUUCUUGUGGAAAAUGGACACGGGACUCACCAACACGAUGGUGGUCGAAACUUGCGCGGUGAUCGAUCUCUAUGGCUAUCCUAUUCAUUCUUCAACGUUUGGACCAUCAUUGAAACCUUUCGUUGCCGCUUUUGCUUUUCCGCUCCUGCUGCUGUUACUGUUUCUGAAGAAGACGAUGAUGAUGAUGAUGAUGACUACGUUGCGCCCGCUUAUGAUGACUACUAUUUCGAUAGUAGAGCCUACUACGACCAAUGGAAAGAAGACAUGAAUACAUACACUCGAGCACCCACUCCUGCUCCUACCCAGAGACCCACAUACGAAAUGGAUGAGUGGGAGAAAUGUCAGGCCAACAACAUGGUGCUAGGUAUCUAUGGUGGUUGUCGUCGCAAGUUGGGAUCUUCCGAGAAUUCCAAUACCAGCUUGGAAGAUAUUUUGUGUGGUUUACUUCGUGAGGGACCUCAUGAAUGCUUCCAUUCGGUGGACGAGUGUACAUUGGAGGUUUCCGAGUGGUAA